AUGAAAUUCUUCGUUUUUAUCGUUCUAAUUGCUGCAGUUUCAGCACGUUCUCCUCCCGAACCAUCUGUCAUCGCAGAAACUCUUGGAAAAUGUGUGGCUGAUACCGAAGUCUCUCCUGAAGUCCUGAAGAAAAUUCAGGAACAUGACUUGAACUUUGACGAUGCCAAAGGAUUCUGCUUCGAAAAGUGUUUGUGCAGAGGCCUCGGAGUGUGUGACGAAAAAUUCAAGUUAACCACGGGACCUUUUACGGAUCAUCCUAAAGUUCCACAGGAAAAGAUCGCUGAAUUCCUGCCAAAAUGCAACGAAUUGACGUCCGAAAACGAGUGCGAAAUGGUUCACAUGCGCUUCAAGUGUCUCUUUGAGAAAAUUCCAGAAGUUCGUGAAUUCAAAGCCUUAUCGCCGCCUAAGGCAACAGCUGAAGAAUAA